AUGGGUGGUAAACUUCAUCUAAAACUAAAUAUCGGCGAGAGACCGAUACCGAACAGCCAUUGCUCACAGACAAGAUACUAUGGCAUUCAUACCCGGACAAACCGUCUGCACAGCUUGCAUGCAUUCAUACCCAGACAAACAGUCCGCACAGUUUGCAUUAGUGACUUACAAAGCUCGUCAAGGAGCCGAAUAACAUAUUGGUUUUCGCCUACAUUAUGCCCCAGAGGCCGUGAUUGGCGGGCUGUUUUGCCUGCAUCUUUAGAUAUCACUUUAUUCUGCGGAUGUUGUGUUCGAGUUGCUAACUGUACUAUUGUUUUUUUUAUCGCUUUUCUGUGCAAGGCGGGGCUCCCUCCUAGACACAUUAUAGGUCAGACGAGGCAUGCUCUGAGUCUAUGUGCUUCUGGCUCAGUUCUACCUAUGACGCUCUGUGAGAGGGGCUCCGCCUUUGUAUUGCACCAAAGGGAGUGUUUUAGUGGUCAUCACACUGUCUGUCGUGAGAUUGGUGCCUAUCCACUAGCUCUAUUGUACAACAGUGUUUAG